AUGUCUGUCUUAGCGUUUUCUACCUCUGCCUGGGAGCGAGGAUUGCAUCCCAUGGCCACCCUUAUUGCGAACGGUACCCGGCCGUACGACUAUACCGUCUUGGGACUUGGCGAUUCAAACAAUACAGAACAACAAGAGUACGUCCCCGGGCCUGGCUUCGCUGGUGCUGUUAUAGUCUCUCUGGAUGUUGGUCUCGUCUGUCGUGGAAAGGCAUACCCUUAUCCUGCCAAUCACAUCUUGUACGGUACACAGUUCGCUGCUCCUGCCGUCAGUGAAGUGGGACUCUCAGUGCUUGAUACUCUUUGUCUCACUGGUAAAGAGUCGUCGCCCGCCCGUUAUGCAAGCCUUGGGGUACCCCUCCACGGACAUAUACAGUCAACGCGCAUCCUGGUGCCUGAAUAUCUCGACCAUUGGAAUCACGACUGUAUCGCUGAAAAGCAACUCAGUCCCCCGCGUCAGUUUGAAGAAGGGCGUGUGGUUGAAGUAUCUGAGAUGAAUUUGGCCUCGUCUCUUUCCGCGCGAUUUGAGAAGAUAUACAAACAACGCGUCACGCAGGAAGGUUACCACCGCAAGAUCAUCUUUCUUGUCUGGGAUCGUCAGCCCGUGGAAUCGACCCUCGCCGGCUGGGGUCUGAAUUGGCUUACCCGUCCUGGCGUCGAAGUUUGGAAGAUGAAGCGGUUCUCGCCUUUAACUGGUACCAACGCUCUUACCAUCCCGUCGUGUCUCCCUAUCAUGGCUUCCCUUGGUCUCUAUGAAUGCAGACAACACCCUCUUCGCGAUGCCCAGAUCGCCCACAACGCCAGCAAGAACAGCGUCUACAUGAUUCGCCUGCUGUUGGCCUUUGAGUAUAUGUCGCCCCUGGAUAUGGACCGAUGGUAUAGGAAUGGAAACUUGCUCCCCGUUGAGGAUGGAGAUGAUAUUCUGGAGUCAAUCCAGCAGUUGUACAUUUAG